CCUCCCAAUGUGCAAGCACAGGAAAAGCAGAGUCAACAUCGGAGCAUUGCUUCUUGUAAUAGAGCUGAGCUAGUGUUAGCAAUGGAGUUAUCUGAGAGUUCAGUGAUUGAGGAAUCCUCUGAGGAAGAGUUUGAACCUCCUAUUGCAUCCUCAAGACGUGGUGCAAAAAGGAGAUGCCCACCAUCAUCUCAAAGCCGUGGUGCACCCAGAGGCCGCGGUGCAUCCAGAGGCCGUGGUGUGUCUAGAGGCCGCGGUGCAUCCAGAGGCCGAAGAAGUGUGAGACACUCAGCUGUGGACCUUGGAGAUGAAGAUCUCUCUCGAGUUCGGAAUCUUUGUUCCGAGCAAAUAGACUUUGAAUGUGUAAGCAUAACAAAAUUACACUAA